AUGCCACAGUUCACGACAUUUAUCAUUGGUUUGGGUGUACCAGUUGAUUUGAAAGAGGCAUCUGUCACAGUUGGUACAGUAAUUAAAUUUCAAUAUGAUUUACCCACAAACAGUUCUGAAUACACAAGCAGAAUCUACGGAUUUGCUAACACAGUUUCAAGGGAUAUGGAUGGUGAUGGACAUUCUGAAGAAGAAGAUAAAAAUAGUAAAGAAAAUGAAAUAGACGCAAAUAUUUCAAAAGAUUUUAAGAUAGUCGACAAGACUACUUUGGAUAAUAGAUUUGAGAAUGACAAUGAUACUUUAGUCGAUUUAACUUUUGAUGAUAGAAGAAAACGAUCGCUUAUUUAUUCUGAAGGAGGUUUAAUCAAUGAUUUAGAAGAGACAGAUGUAAAAACAGAAGUUCCAUUGCAAGAAGCAAUAAGACGGCAAGAGUUACUGGAUAAAACACAUCAAAACGAAUAUCCAGAGCCUCAAAGAAUGAAUAGAUGGGACUUCUAUAAAAUUAUUGAACACAUGAUCGAAAGGUACGGAUAUUCGGGGAGACCUUGCCUGCUACGAACCAUCUGCGAGGCAGCCGAGGUGCCUUUCACAUACGAGAACGGGUUGCUUGGAGAAAUUGGCCAUAUAUUAUUCACGCCUUCAACUACCAAAGACGUCCUCUCCCAUCAUACGGACAACGAGUACCAUGCAGCAGAAAGACUCGGCAGGGAUGUAGGCAUGGACUGUGAGACCAUGUUCCCGGAAUGCGAGUCUUCUAUCCUGGAUACCUUCACUGGAAUUGGGAUCGACACGCUGCACAAGUUUGGACUGUAUUGA